GGGACGGAGGGAGAGGAGUCUGGAGGGCUCCAGGAGGGAGGCCAGCAGGAGAAGAGAGGCGAGCACCAGCCCAGCCACGCAGGAUUCCCCGGCGAGGCGUUGAAGCCAGCAGUGCUGGAGCAGUCGGGCUUCCAUAGGAGAAGUUUUCUGCAGGCAAGAAGGCCCCGAACUGAGCUGGCUAGGACUAGAGCUGUGCAGCGGCCGAUGGACCGUGCCCUCUGAGAGGGGCUGCGGAGUUGGUGGGCGCACGCUGGGAUGGCCCUCUAUAACAACGGGGCCAAGAUGCCUUCCCCCCAGGAGGCGGCCAAUGGCUUUCCCCAACCCGGCGCCUCCGGCACCUGGCACAAGCCGGAGGAGGAGGCGCGGCUGGUGGAGCCCAGCCUGGUGAAGAAGGCUCACCGGGAGAUCCUGGAUCACGAGCGGAAGCGGCGGGUGGAGCUGAAGUGCAUGGAGCUGCAGGAGAUGAUGGAGGAGCAAGGGUAUUCCGAAGAGGAGAUCCGGCAGAAAGUGGGGACCUUCCGGCAAAUGCUGAUGGAGAAGGAGGGAGUGCUCACCAGGGAGGACCAGCACGGGCGCCAGAUAGUGAUCGAAAACCACCACCUGGAAGAGUACGCCAUGGAGUACCCAGAGUACGGAGAGGGCUGCCUGCUGCCGUGUGACUGCCCAGCCGACUGCUACCGAGACCACUGCAGCCACAGAGAGCACAGGCUGAAGAGGAGGAUGAGCAGCUCCACCUCGCCACCGCCCAAGAAGAAAAAGAAAAAGAAAUCGGGUCAUCGCCGGAGCCGCAAAAAGAGGAAACCCGGAUCAGAGCGCAGCUGCGACAGCUCCUCGCCGCUCCGGAAGGAGAAGAAAAAGAAGAACGGGAAGAAACACAGACGAGACAGGUCUGAGUCUGGAUCCCGGAAGAAGAGAAGACACAGGUCCCGGAGCCCCAAGAACAAAAGGAAAGAGAAAAACAAAGAGCGAAAGAGAUUCCCCAGCAACUCCCCAGGCCGCAGAUGCCACGGGCACAGCAGCUGCAGCUCUCAAAGCACUUCACUCUCGUCAGAUUACAGCCACUCCAAAUCGCCCGGCAGACUAACCCCCAAGCACAGAGAGGACGGACACAAGCCCGGCAGCCUCCGCUCCAGCCGCAGCCCGUCCUCCUCUCGCACCUGGCACAGCCGCUCGGCCACGCCGCACCAGAACGGGCACAAGGGCAGCGCCCAGAAUGGCCGGCACAGCCACGGUCCCUCGGGUGAAAACCAGCAGGAUAGGCUGGACUCCACGUCCCCUUCUCCCAGGGGGCAUGUCAAGACCGAGCCGCCGUCCCCCCGCUCCAAGGGCGGCAGACGCGGCCCCAGAAGCCCCCGGUCCGUGUCUCCGGAGAAAGGAGGCCGAUGCUCCAGAGGGGACAAGUACGUCCACCGACACCGCUCCCGGUCCGCGUCGCUGCACAAACACAAGGGGAGGAGCAAGGCCAAGGCCUCGGCCCAGAAGGAGUCCCCCCACUCGCUCAGCCACACCGACUACAGCAGCGAUUCGGAGGGGUCGGCCUGCUCGCACCCCUACCCGGCGGCACGGGGGGCGGAGAAGAACCAUGGGGCGCACUUGAAAAAGGUGAAGGACAGACACCACCGGGGCAGGCCAGACAGCGGCUCCCAGUCCCCUGUCAAGCACUCCAGGCACAACUCUGAGAGAAGGAAGAGCCUGUCCCGUAGCAGCUCCUGGAGCUCCAGCGGCUCCCCAUCCAAAUCCCGGUCGCGAUCCCGGGAGAAAAGACCAGCACGGAGCCGGAGCCAGUCUCCAUCGCAGAAAAAAAACUCAAGCAGAGAGAAAGACAACGAGCCCCGAACACGGCACAGUGACACGGAUCCUGCCCGGGCCAGGCGCCGCUCCAGAAGCUAUUCCCCUAUCAGGAAGAGGAGGCGUGACUCUCCCAGCUUCAUGGAGCCCAGAAGAAUUACAAGUGCCCGCAAGCGCCCGAUCCCCUACUACAGACCCAGCCCUUCCUCUUCCAGCUCCCUGAGCAGCUACUCGUACAGCCGGAGCCACAGCCGGAGCUACGACAGCUACAGUACCAGCCGGAGCCGGACUCGCAGCCCCCAGAGCCGCUCUCGCAGCCCAAGCCCCAGCCCCAGCUACAACAGCCACAGCAGCUCGGAGAGCGCCGGGUUCUGAGCCAGCAGCAGGCAUGCCCCUCUCUCUCCCCUUUCCACCCUGACCCCGUUGGCUCUAGGGCGCCCAGGCCCCACCCAGCACCGGCCUCCGUGCCCACCCCUCUCACACAAGCUGGCCUGGUCCUUCCAGCACAUCCUCUCCCUCUUCAAGGAGAAGGUGAAGGAGCCGCCAGGUGAGACCCUCCAGCCCAGGAGCUGAGACAUCUGAGCGGGGUGGGGAGGGGAGGUUUGAGGGGCAACCGUGGCAGCUGCUAACAGCUGGAGCUCGAGGCUGACGAGUGGGAUGCAGACAGCGCCCAGCCCCCCGUUGUUGUCCUGGCUGAAGGGGCAUGCAGGACAGCGGAGGAGGAGGCCAGGCUGAUGUUACUCCCAGCAGGCUUCAGUGACUGGGCAAAUACAACCCUGCUGUCGCCCAUCACAAGGGGCAGGGCGGACUCCAAAACGUCAUGGGUUGUUUUUGGGGCGGGGGGGGGGGGGUUCAUGUCUACAAACAAAUGCUGGGGUGGGGGUUCGGGGGGCAUGGAGCAAGGGAACAAAAUGCUUAACAGAGACCUUGGACUGGACCCUCCCACGAGGGGGGGCCUUUCAUGAACAAAAAGCUCAUGGACCCAAGGAAGGUUUGGGAUGGGUUGUUUCUAUUUAUGUUGCUCAGGCCCGUCAAAAGGUCCUUGUGCUUUAUUUCAUUUAAUUUAUUUUUUGAGCACAACUGUAUAAAUUUGCGGGGGGGGUGGGGGGGGGGGGCGCUAAAGGAGGCAGGAUGAGGUGGGGUAGGGGAGAAGAGGGGGUGUUGGGGGACACUAGAUCUGCGGGAUUGAUGCAAUCCAGAGAAGCGUACCAGAUCUUUCUGGACUUUGGCAUGGAGGAGGAUUUGCUGCUUCCGUGGAGAAUCCCUAGCUGAGCUGGGCCAUCUCCAGUUGCUUGGGACUAGAUCGGCCCGUGGGAGGCGUCAGGGGGCAUCCCCCACCUCCCGGAGCUACACAACGCCCAACGUCCUCAGAGCCUCCACUGAACAAAGUUCUCCGCCGCCGUCUGCUGGUGAAGCAGCCAGCUGGGGGCAAAUCUCCGGGAAUGCAGCUGACAGGAGCGCACCCGGCCGCAAGGCAGGCCCCGCUGAAAAGUUAUGGAUGGCGUGUCGGUUUUCGGGUGCAGUUCGAAGGUCCCUUCGCACCCCAGCUGUGCAGGUAACUUGGAGGCCCAGGGCCUGAUCCAGCCGCUCCCACGCAUCCAGCGCGGGUGCUUUGCAGAACCCAUUCAUUCGGACCUGCUCCCAGCGGGACGAGCCGAUCCCAGUGACACCUGGGCGUGGCGGCUCCGCGGCAAGUCGCCCCCAGCAGAAUAGCAGCACUCUCGUGCAUGGCAGAGGAGUCUCUGCAUGUCCUAACUCCAGGCUCAGCCCAGCGGGACUCACAGUUACAUGACCUCAAAGUCACUCUAUGGGCAGAUGGUGAGGAGAUGCGACCACUGAACGGCCCAUACCAGGACCUGGGCCCCAGCCUGGCAGGCUGAGCCAGGGCCCUCGUCUUCCAUGACUGGUGGUGCCUUUUCCAUGGAAUUUCAUUUCAUUCUCCACCUUGGGGGGCUGUGUGCACCACAAAGAACACAACUGCUGCUCCAGCACCUGGCUCCCUUCCUCCUGCCCUGGUGAGUAGCCCUUCCUUACCCAACGCAAGAGGUUGCGGAGAGUCGAGCCAGGAACUGGUCGCAGGCCUCUUCUCAGGCCCAGGCUGUGAACCCUACCCUGGCCCUGGGGAGCACUUAUUCACCCGCCUAGUCCUAUUGACUUCAGUGGGUGACUGCCUGCACCCCAGUGUAAGGUGAAGCGUUCACCCCGAGUGCCAUAGCGAGGGAUUGGGGAACCAUUUCAGAACCCCUUCGGGGGCGGGAGGGCGGGGGGUGAGGUAAGGGAGAAGCGACGCGUCCAGAACAGAAUUGUUUCAGGACAUUGAGCCUACAGCCCUGGCCGUGCAAGGGUUAGUUACAGCCUGAUGCCAUCCAUUAUAUCGACCAGGUCACAGACUGAUGGAUAUUAGCAAGGAACCUGACCCAUUUUGGACCAAGGGAGACAGCAGAGUUUAGCACAGCAAGAACUGAACGAGGUGUGAGGAGAUGCGAGUUCUGUUCCUGACACUACCACUACCCUGCUGUGUCACCUUGGAGUAGUCACGUCCACUUGCUCUGUGCCUCAGUUUCUCCCUUUGAGCGUCUCGCUUAUUUAGACUGUAAACUCCUGCGGGCAGGGAAUGCUAUUCAGGGUGUGAGUGUUCAGGGCCUCUAGCUCCUACCAAAAUGUAUACACACCCUCAGAGUUAGGGGGAGGGAGGUUGAAAUCCCAAUGGCAUGGCCUUUCUUAGAGAUUCCCUUUCAUGUUUCCACCCCAGGCCCCCACCAGGGGGCCACAGGAGCUAGCUGGGGAAUUUUUUGCCAGAAAAAUGCCAAUUUGUUAAAACUGAAACCGUUCAUGGAACGGGAUUAGUUUAAAUCUCCCCCUGCAAAAAAUUUUUGCAAAAAAAUUUUGACUUUUUUGAACAGGAAAGUUUCAGCAUUUUGAGGCAAAAUGAUUUUUGGUUUCAAAAACAUUAGCGACUGCAGACUAAGGAAAGGUGAGACGGAAAGAAAAGCAAGUUGAAAAUCCAAAGGAAACAUUUCGAUUGACCCAAAUGGGAAAAAUGUUUGGUUUGCUGGUAUGUGAAAAUUGUCAAGAUUUUGACUUUUCAUCCAGUCCAGGACAGGAACAUUUUUCAAAAUCGAAGAAUUCUUGUGCAAUGGGAAAAUUAUUGCCCAGUUAGUCCUACAUGCUGCCAACUCCGUUACCUUUACCUUGCCCAUUCUUCCCCAGCUAGCAUCUCUCCAGGGUCUCUUCUUCCAAACUUCCUUUGAAAAAUAAGUUCAAAUGCUUUGGCCAUGGCAUAGCCCCUGAUCACUUCUAAGCGCUUGACUUCUAGAUCUUUGCUUUCCUGAUGUGUCUCAGUGGAACCCUGCAGGGAGAACACUCCCCUCACACUGGGUGAAAUUCACUAAGGCCUGGUGCAGGACCUUCAGCUCUAGAAGUGAAUUUCCCCCACUGUGCAUACACGGCCCUUCUACUUUUCUUAUCCUUCUGGCAUUUGUGCUCAGAUAAAUCCGACAGGUCCCUAGAGUGACCUUCUUGCUGCUGUGUUAGCAUUUAUUCCUUUAAGUUCUAGUUCCUGAGUUUUCCCCCCCUCCCUUUUCUUUGAGAGUCUUUGGUCACUUCCUCCCACAUCCCUUAUCAGUCCUUCUUCUUGCUCUCCAGAGCUUUCCAUGGCUCUUUACACCUCACUUAUGAGCCGUUUCUUCUCGAGUUGGCACAGGGAAUUAAUCAGAUGGGUGGUGUCACCCUAGAGGUGCCUGGCAUCAUAUGCGCUAAGGGAGCAUGGGCCUUUGUCCUGCUCCAGUCCCCACAGGAGGAUAAGUGAAGCAUGUACUACAGCUGCUUCCUAGAAGAGUGCUUUAUAGCCCUGGAAGUCCUGAGUUCAUACUCUGAUGAGGGCCCGUGCUGACUGUAAAAUUGGUGCACCAGUGUCUUUGUCUGCCUUCAGGUCCACAUAAGCAGAUAACAGUCCUCUACAGGUUCCAGCAGAUGGACUCAUUCCUUUUUCUCAAGCAGUACAGGCCCAAGCUUUUAGUAGUGGAGGUCCCAGGUUCAAACCCCAUCGAUAGCCCAGGUGGGGUUAGAGUCACAUACUCCUUCCCCGGCCCCUUCCCCACUGCCCUGCCAGAUGCCACCAUUCAGGAAACAUCAGGGUCAGACCCGCAGCUGCUGUAAAGUGACUGGCCUCCAGCGGCAUCAGCAGCACCAUGAGACUUGCCCCCAGCCCAGGCUCUGCCACCUGCUUUAGGCCUCUAGACUCUGAACAGAGUCCAGGAACUGCCCCGCACUUGGCGUUUCGAGGCACAGCUCCUCGGUCUAGCAAUCCCUCCUGCGAGCCGAGACCUCUGUGGUUCAAUGGCCCAGCCUGAGGGCCAGAGCUGGCCUCCCCAGUAGCUUAUGCACACCCUUCCCAGAGCUCUAGCCAUGGUGGUGCUCUGGGUUCACAGGUUAACUCUUCAGGGGCAUGUGGUAGGUGUAGCAGAGCAUACGCAUACACAGACUUUGCACAGGAUCCUAAAGCCCCAUUGCACUGUACUUAACAGCAUGCUAGAUACACAAGACUAGACAGCAUAAUAAACACACCUCUCUGGAGUGACUCACGACCAUAGUGCCAACCUCAGGGCAGAAUGUCAAAAAGCAGUGCAAACCCCCAGCUGGUGGUAUGUUCUUGAAUUAGAUUUCACCAACCCAGUAAUAAAUGUGAACUCCCAAAGUACUACAAAAGUCUUAUAAUAGAGUCACAGACAGUCCCUUUAGAGACUCCAGGCUAGCAUGCCACCCAGGCAAGCUGGACUAUCUGAUAAAUGGUCAUUUCCACCAAAAAUCACAAAAACACUAGGUUCCCAGUCCCACUCACCAGGUUGAUUUGCACCCCAGAUCUCACACCAAAGACAACGCCGGUAACCAGUUUUAAAGGUUUAUUAGCUAAGAAAAGGAAGUAAGAGUUAUUGAGAGGUUAAAGCACGUAAAUAUAUCUACAGGUGAGUCAUGGUCUAUAAUUCCAAAUGGUAGCAGAAGUGUAGUAAUCUGCCAGUUUCCCCAAAAGUCUCUCAGGGCUACCCAGUGGAACUAUGAGGAUCUCAGUCUUCUCACUCAGUUACUCUGCCCUGUUAGAAUCCAAAAACAGUCCAGAGAUGAAGAAUUUUCUCGUGUCCCUACUUAUAGCUUCUUCCUACAGAAACCAAGUGACAGGGUCACUACCCACAUGGGGUCUUUCUUUGAGGGCGGAGAGAGAGGUAUGCAUGUAGAGUUGUCGAUGUUCUCUGAUCAUCUCACACAAUGACCACUUGCCUUCAAAUGCACAAGAAUUAGCACUGUCCCCUUAAAGUUCUUCAUUGGCAUUACACAAGGCUUCUUCCUUGUUUGAUGGCUCAUUUAGUUACAGGGGUGUUACAAUAUCAAUGUUUGCCAUUACAUUCUAACAGGAUACAGAUAAGUGAAAACAAUGCAUGCAACAUCCCAUUAGUUUUCAUGAAGUUUAAAACCCCAAAUACAUUCUUAUCUAUUUAACAAUCCCUUUGCUUUAUACUAGUACACAAGUGAAUUGGCCUGGCUUCCAGCUGUGAGUUUGUCAAUUUUCAGCUGACAUCUAGGCCUAGGCUUAUCACAACAGCUAAAUGAAGUUCCCCUGCCUCACUGUCCUCACCAUGCUGGAGAAUUCUGGGUAUGGAGCCAUGUCCCACCCCUCCCUUCAGUGGUAUUUUCCUCUACAUUCUUGGGAUGCAGUUAAUCAAAGCAGCAAGUUCCUGCCCUGUAGUCUCAUAAAUUGACUUAUUCUGGUCGCACAACAUGUGGUUCUGGUUCCAGGUUGGAUCUGAACGGGGAAGGCACCUGCUUUGGCUAGGACUGAAAACCCUGUGGGAUCAACUGACCUUGUGAAAUUUCCACCACUUGGGGCCAAAAUUUCACAAGAGAUUUCAGAGCCAAAUUCCAAUCCUUCCCCUCCAACCCCCAAUCCAGAUCUGAACUUUGGCCCAACCAUUUACGCCCUCAUGACCUCUUUACCUUUGCACACCAAUGGCAUAGAGGUCUCCUGUCAGUAAGGAGGCUGCUGCUCCUGAAUGUAAUUGCAACAGUUCAGACCAGGGAAGGACAGAGUAGCAGCAGGACACUACACUGCCUGGAUGAUGGCUUGAAUUUUAAGAGGGCCAGGGUGCCCUGUGGAGGGCGUUCCAUGAGCUGUCGAUGGUAUUUUGUUGAGUGGAAAUGGGGCUGGGAUUGGGACAGCCUGUGGACACAUUUAUGCAAAGCUUUAUCUCCAUCAUCUUUAAUAAUCAUUCAGCAGGCGGCAGGCAGGGGCACGGAGGCGGCUUCCAAAAUCUCCUCUUUCCGCCGGCACGACAAUGCUCUGUUGUUGUUUUCACUUAAUCUCUGUGAGCCACAUGCUUUCUGCCUGGCUGGAGGGAUGAUGCAUCGGAGCCUCCCCUGGCAGAGGGAGCAGCUGCUGCAGAUUAGUCCAUGGCUGGGCUUUAUUGUUCUUUUCCAGCCUUUGUUUGCAGGAGGGUCCAGUGGCUCAGGGGGUUGGGAGGAGCCAGACGCCUCUUUGAAUCCUGCUCUGGUUAACAGUUCAGAGGUCUCCAGAGUUUAAUGCUUGCUGUGUGAUGAGUUGGAGGUCUCAGCCCCCAUCCAUGGUGCAUUUUGGAGAGCAGAAAUCUUGGCCAAACAGCAGGUGCAUGUAUGUGUGGGGCACAUAAUUACUGUUAUAGCUCCCUGGCUGGAAGGGAGUGGGGACACGAGUGGAAGGAGGGGGAACUGCAGCCAGCUCAUCUUGGCUUUCUAUUGCGUUGUGGGCUUAUCCAUAAAGUGAGCCGCCUGCUUAAGCAUUUUGAAAUCUGCUGGCUCAGAAACUGAACCUUGGCCCAAUUCACUGGAGCCAGUGGAGCCGCUCCUGAUUGACGCCAGAGUAAUGAGCGGCAGGAUUCAGGCACUGCUGGGUCCUGGGGACCAAACCCACUGGAAGGGUGGAUGCAGCCACAUGUGGGGUUGAUGGAUGCGGGUUGCUCCUUUGCUUCAUUCCAGUUGCCCCGUUAGCUCAGCGGCUAGAGGUGUGGGCUUUUGGCAGCCCAGGCCCGUGAGAUCCACCCCACAUCCAGGGCCGUUUGUCUGCAGCCAUCCUUUGCUAGCCCCUCAGGGAGGACAGCACAAGUAAAGGGUCAUUGCCGGCACAUGCCGAGGAGAUCCCUUGUCAUGCUGUGGUGCUGGCGGUCGGUUGGAUUCUUUCUUAGCUGACCCUUUGAGCUCAUCUCAGAGCCCCACGUGAGCACCAUCUUUAACUCCAUUCAUUCCUCCCCCAUUUCCCAGCUGUGACUGGGGGACCCUUCCCCAUCACAGGCAGUGAAGGGUUAAAGGCCCACCUAGGCAGUAAUUGGGUCGGUACUUGUUAGCCAGCCAGGGUGGGACAUGACAAGGCUCAGGAGAUAAACGUGGCAGAUUCUGGGCCCUGUGAACAAGCUGAGAGAGUUCAGUCUGGGGACACUGGCUGCUGGUGCCCGUGAAAGGCCAAAACGCCAGAGACCGGUGGAGUGAGAGGCCUCAGGAAGACGGAGUUUGGGCAGGACAGUGCUAGAUACCUGAGCUGGGGCAAGGGUAGAGCACAGGGCCCCAAGAACAGGGCAAUUCUUCAGGACUUCAGCCAAAUCUGGACAUUGGCUGAGAAGCAGUUAGUGUUGCACAGAGGCAUGCAAAGACAGACAGGCUGCAGGGGGCACUGGAGACAAAACCCCUGCAACAUCACACCCCGACACAAGGGGGCGCUCUGGUGGUCUGUGUGCAUCACGACACCAAAACAGCCCUCCAAAAGGUUUCUCCUUAUAGGGACCCUCCCCUUUACUACCUGCUGCCUCCCAGCCACAUGUGCAUAGAAUAUGCCUGCCCCACAGGGCUUAGAGGCCCCUCCAUCCAAUACAAGUGUAACAGACACGGUCUGCAUACGUCCAGGCUGCCGACUCUGCAGUCAUCAGCAGGGAUCAAACCUUGGACCCCCAGCCCCAAAAGCACAUGUGAGCUGAAAGGAGACACUGGUAGCUGCAAGCAUCUAAUAGGCUCUUAUCCUCACUGGACAGAUGUGAUCACACAUAUUAAGCCAGCGUGUUACUGUUACACACACACCCCCACCCCUUAGUGGUCAGACACGGGAAAGGCCCUUCAAUGAUACUAUCCAGUUACAAAGGCGACAGUAGAGAUUUAAGGCCAUCUGAGUAUAAGCUACUCCCUAGGCUUUGCUUGCACCUUUUGCAAAAAGAAAAGGAGUACUUGUGGCACCUUAGAGACUAACAAAUUUAGCUUUUCUUUUUGCGAAUACAGACUAACACGGCUGCUUCUCUGAAGCUUGCGCCUUUCGCGCACUGACUUGCCAAAACUCUGUGUGUAUCGCACACACCUUACUAGACGGAGGUGUCAAGCCUGGUUUUGCUGAUCAUCUUCCAGCUUUCAGAGCUGAGAAAAAAAAAGCUAAGUACUCUGUCCACACAACCUUAACCCCGGCCGCUCUCUAGCAUGGUGGCCUCCAACCAGAGGCACCAAUUCCGGGGCUGCUCCAGGGCUCAAACACCCACGGGAGAGAAAAAAAAGUUUGAGUGUGGAAUGUGAUGAGUUCUGUGCUGCUAACAACUUCUGCCCUUGGGGCAGGGAGUUUGUUUCUAGAGGGGCAGGGUGUUUAAGAUAACAAAAGGCUUGUCAUUAAGUUAAGGAUCCUUAGAUGAUCCUCAAAAAGAAAAGGAGGACUUGUGGCACCUUAGAGACUAACCAAUUUAUUUGAGCAUAAGCUUUCGUGAGCUACAGCUCACUUCAUCGGAUGCAUCCUGAAAGCAUUCCCAGGCCCUCCAGUUAAAAGAUAGGAAACAAAGGGUAGGAAUAAAUGGCCCAUUUUCAGAAUGGAGAGAAAUAAAUAGAGGUAUCCCAUGAGGGGUUUGUACUGGUCUGGGAUCAGUGGCUGUUCAACAUAUUCAUAAGUGAGCUGCAAAAAGGUGAGGUGGCAAAGUUUGUAGAUGAUCCAAAAUUACUCAAGAUAGUUAAGUCCAAAACAGACUGCGAAGAGUUACAAGGGGAGCUCACAAAACUGGGUGACUGCAUUUAACAUUGAAUUCCAUCUGCCAUUUUGUUGCCCAAAGUAAUGUAUAUGGCAAAAUAUAAUCCCAAUAAUACAUACAAAAUGAUGGGGCCCAAAUCGAGAAAGAUCUUGGAGUCAUUUGCAGUACUCUGGAAGUGCGAUGUUUCCCCGAGUACUGCAAUUUCAUAAGAAUCCUGCUCACUAUCCCUGUAUCGUCCUGAACUGUGGAAUGCUCCUGCUCCAGAAAACUUAAAAAUUAUCACCAGUCAUCAGUGGGACAGAUACAACUGAAUAAUGUAGCUGUCGUUAACGUGCAUCAAGACCAUACCAAGGAACUAGCUGUAAAUAAGAUUGCUGACCGUUUCAUCCAGUAAGCUACAGGGAGACAUAAUGUCUUUAGACUGGGAUGUUAGUGAGGACAGCUUGUAGGUGAUUGCAGUCAUCUUAAUAUACUGUUAUUCAGGAGAAUGGAAUGAUGUAGUUCAUAAUUGAAUCAUUAUUAAAAUAGUAAAGUUACCAAUGACAGACACAUUCAAGAACUAGAAUAUGAACUAAAUGUAUAAAUAUGCUGAAAAUAGCCUCCCCCCAAACCUGGCAGAGACCCCACCCAAACACACACCCCCCCCCUUCAAAAGCACCCACCAGCAAAACCAAAAGUCAGUGAUCAUGCCGCUGACUAGGAAGCGAGUGGCUGACAUUUGCUCUUGAGAACUGUUUCCCAAGUUUAGGAAUUGUGCCAAUCAAGGGCAGAGGCCCUGAAUCUCAUGGUACUUAGGCACCUCAGCCCCAGUGAAAUCAAUGGGAUUUAGGCACCUAAAUCCCUCUGAGGAUCUGGGCCAGAAUGAUUCCACCAGCCCCUAAAAUUCAGCUUUAGGUACAGCUCCUGAGUGCAACGCCUCCCAUCAGAGCGGGCACCUGAUGGUCAAUCUCAGACCCAUCUACAGGGGGAACCAAGCCCUGCUCUUAUUCCUCUGUCAGCCACUCUCCAAAGGCCAAGGCUGGCUAAGUAAACGCCCCCAGGCUGACCCGAGCCUGGUGCUAACGCCUCCACUUCCCAGGAGGAGUUCAUUAUUAUUCCAUGCUGGUCUUUUUCUCAUCUGGAGAGGGGCUGGGCCACUCGCCCAGAAAGAAAGGCAAUUACGAAUGUCUUUGAAAAGCAAGGAGGAGAAACUUUAGUGUUUCCUAAUAGCUUGGCUCAUCCCACCGCAUUAGCCUGAAACGUCGCGUGUUCAGAGUGCGAACCGGGCUGCUGGCGUACCUGCUCUGCCGCCUCGGCGCUGCACGCCCGACCCACAUCCUGGCACGCCCGCCACUUGGGCACCGCUGGCAUCUGAGGCCAAGGUUUCUAGUGCUUCUCUACAGCCCGGUCCCUAGGUGCAGGCUGCAAAAUACCGCAGCCCAUGCGAAAGCGUACAGGGCGCAAGGAGCGAAGGGCGACUGCUCCAUGGGCGGGAUCCCCAAAGGUAUUUAGGCACCAAUGGAUUUCAAUGGGAGUGAGGCGCCUAACCCCCUUUGUGAAUCCCACGCCUAGUCGCUGCAUUAGGAGAGGCCGGCACAGCUGCCAUCCCAGGGCAUUACGCGGCAGUCUGAUGUUGAUGGCACUUUGCGCCCCUGGGGCCUGAUCUUCCAAGGUGCUAAGCACCCUUAACGCCCAUCAAAGUCAAUGGCAGUUGAGGGCGUUCAGCGCCUCUCAGAGUGGGCCCCAGGGUGACAGGCGCCUGCCUUGGUAAGGAGCGCUGUGGUGCUCAGAGGAGGGCCCAGCAGCGGUGCAAAGUGUUCUCAUUUAUUUCAGUGUGAUUCCUUCGGCCCGCCGAGGGACAGGAGUCACAAUAGCCCAGUCCAAGGGGCACGGUCCCCGGGUGGCUCAGCAGGGCAGGGGAUGUGCCACAGAACCUCACCACGGCGUGGGGUCUGACUCGGGUCCAGUCCUGGAGCGUAGCAGUGUUACUCCCUAGAGCAACAUUCCUCUUCCCUCUCGCUGAGGGACCAUGUGCUUCAAAGCGUGGACUCGUGUUGCUAUGGCAGCCUUUCCCUGGGCAACAGAAACGGGCCAAGCGGGGGCUGGGAACAGCAGAGAGACACUGCUCCCGUGAUGGGAACACGGACAGAAAGUAGGACGUUCUGAACACAUGGAACCUCCAGGUUGAGAUCUGCAAAGCUGAUGAGGGGAUUUAAACACCUGGCAAGAAAUCCUGGGCCCACUGAAAUCCGUAGGAGUUUUGCCAUUGACUUCAAAAGGAGCCAGGAUCUCACAAUAAUUAAUUCUAAGGAGAGUUGCGUGCCUAAAUCCCCUAGUCAGCUCUGACACACUCAGUCCUUAACUUUACUUCCUGAAUCCUGGCAUCCAUGUCACGUGCAAAUGAGUAAGACGCCUCGCUGGGUAUAGAGCUGCGCUUGGGCGUCUCGGACCCAUGCACACGAUAGAUAUUUAACAUUAAACAGAGCUUGAACUAGAUUCUGAGCAUCCUGCAGGCCGGCUGUGGCCACUGUAAAGCUCAGUGUAAAAUAGGGCUCUGGUUCAUAUUUCAAACACCUCCGGCGUUCAGGCUGCUCAGAUCCAGGGGUCCAAUUCAAGCCCGUCUCUACUAUAGGUUUAGGAGAAGAAAGGGUUAAUGAACAGCCCAGGGACUUUAAAAGUCCUAAAACAACAUAGAGCUGCAUUUAUCUCCUGGCCCUCAGCUCCGAGCCCUCUGGCAGCUGCAGCAGGAAAGCAGCGAUAAGGACCAGGAAAUCAAAUUCGCAGAGGUGGCUUCUUACACUGUAUCCACUCUCUGAGAUGCAGGCUGUCAAACUCCUUUGUUCUCUGGCACUGUCUGUCUGUUCUGCCAACUGAGCGAGCUACCGUCUCAUAGCUUUGCAUGGGCCAGGCCGUCCAAGAGGAGAUAACGGACUCCUGCUUGGUUCUUGAUUAGGAAUGUUCAGAGGGCCAGAUCAUGGUACGGUGUAAGCCGGCAAAGCUCCAUUACGGUGAAAGGAGCUGCUUCCAUUUACAUCAGCUGAGACUCAACCGUGGUGUUUCAGUCACCCAAGUCUAAGUGGAUUAUGGGGUCUGUCUAGUCCUUCCUUUACAUGUUCAUUGUUGCCAGAGCAGCCGUUUGAACUGAAACUAGUUGCAAACAGAUCUAGCAUCUGCCAGAUCGGCAGGGGCCACGGAGUACCGGGGCAGGAGCAGGGUGCUCCCCAACUGGGCUGAACGUAGCAUCCUCUGAGAAAUUGGCAAUGAACAGUGCCGAGGGAUGGAUAACAGAAGGCUGCAUCCCUAGAUCAUCAAUCUGGUUUCAGCAAACAUUGCAAACGAGUCACUGACCUUAGGAACAGAACAAUUUUCCAAAGACGUGGGGUGCUUCCUGAUUUUAAAGAAAAAUAAGAACAGCCAUACUGGGUCAGACCAAAGGUCCAUCUAGCCCAGUAUCCUGUCAUCCAACAGUGGCCAAUGCCAGGUGCCCCAGAGGGAACGAACAGAACAGGUCAUCAUCAAAUGAUCCAUUCCCAGCUUCUGGCAAACAGAGGCUAGGGACACCAUCCCUGCCCAUCCUGGCUAAUAGCCGUUGAUGAACCUACCCUCCAUGAAUUUAUCUAGUUUUUUUUUUUUUUUUUUAAAUCCUGUUAUAGUCUUGGCCUCCACAACAUCCUCUGGCAAGGAGUUCCACAGGUUGAUGGUGUCUUAAGGAGACACUGUCUCGUACAGUGGCAGAUGCUAUCCCCCUUGCUACGUUAUCGCCCAAUGGGGUUAAGACUUGGACUGACUUUGGAUCACGGGCUGAAGUGGCUUCUUUAACGUGCCCUUGCUCUGUAAGUGACUGGGUAGUGGACCCGUUGCUGUGGACCAGAGGAGGAGGAUGGGACCCAAUUGGCUAUUGUCAGUGCUCAAAUUUUAGGGGAAAAAAUAAGGCAGGUCCUGAAUGGCAAGUGACUUGCUCACUUUAAACAGAAGCGAGACGCAAUGGGGCCUGUAAGCCAGGAGUGUGGUAGCUCCUAGAAACAGUAAGGGGACCCAGCCCCCCAAUAAUUCAAGCACUCGACUUACAUCCCUGCGAGUGGUGAGGAAAGCCUCAGCUCUCACUUCUGCAAAUCAAGCACCUCCUUUCCUAGCCCAGAUACCUCCCAAACGCAACACCUAGAACGUCCCAGCUUCAAACUCCAGUGAGCCUCCAGGGCUGGUCGGCCCGUAGGCCGCUGGCCUGUCUGCCCAGGCCCUUCCUCCAGGCUUUGUCAAUUCAAACAAAACCUCACAAAACACAAUGUUCCCAACCGAAGCAGGCUGCCGGGACCCAGAGAACGAUCACGCUGUACCCUGCCCCCAGGGCUAGUCACAGACCCCACCCUCCUGCCUGCAGCCCCUCUUCAACUGAGCUCUCCCAGUCCUUCAUAGGGAACGCCUGACCUCUUCCCAGUUGGGUCUUGUAAUCAAACAGGGCAGGCUGGCCCCAGACCCCUGGGGCUUUAUAUAGGCAGAGCAUCCGGUUACAUCUCCACUUGUCACACCCAUGUGUUUAUGGGAGGGAGACCCUACCUCCCCAGUUAAGCCCGACUCUCAAAGGCUGACCCACCCGUAAAACGUAGGGCUGGAACAAAUCACCUGGCCAGUGCAGGGUUAUUCUUCCCAGGCUGUUGGCUAGUGUUUACUUGGCCCACUUUUGACUCUCCCAGGUCAUGGGGCUUCUACCACGUCCCCUAGCAGAUUGUUCCACAGGCCAGCACAAGAUGCAUUCCCUCCUGCUGAGAAGGGAUGGCUAUCCCAGCUCAGGUCGCAGGGGCAUCUCACCACCAUUGCAAUGGAAGUCACAAACAGCCUGGGGCCACGUGGUCUGCGUGACCUGAACAAACGGCCCUUUCCAUCACUGGGCACUUCCAACCUGCGGCACACUCACUAUGGGCCUCCUCUCCAAGGCACCUGGCCGCCCUGCUCUGCUGGCCGGGGCUGAAGUACCCUGGCUGGCAAGAUUAAGCAGCGAGGGUGGUGUUAUGGCUCAAGUUGUCUUUACAGGGGAGGAAAGCGAUGCUUUGCUCCAGUCAGCGACCCUGUUCCCAGACAUUUGUGCUAACUGGCUCCUUCAGAGGUGCAAAGCAGGGAACGUGCUUUUUAAAAAAAAACAAAAACGAUAUUCUACAGCGUGUGUGAACAACCGCCAUUAAGAUUUCCUGCUGUUACGGUUUAUUUGCACUUGUGCCCCACACCACAGAAAGGACAACGUACAGACAAAAAACCCUCCCCUCCCACACACAAAUCCUCAUGCUGUCCUGUACUGCUCAGGCCGAGACGCACGCAUUGGUGUGACUGCGUUCGGAGACCCGCGGGUGAAAUGAGGUACUAAGAAAGGCCGCGCCCUCCUCCCCACAAGUAGCCCCCGCUAGCCUGGCGUUCUACGACUCGGCCACACCCAACAUCAGCGACACACCAGACAAAGACAGCGCAUCAGGGAAAAAGUCCAGUCUUCCUCGAGUUCUUCUACAGUGUCUGUCCCCUGCUCGGCGGAGGGAGCUGACUGGAACAAAUACUCUGUAGAAAUAUUUCAGUAUUUGCCUUUUUUUCCCCGCCCCGCCCCGCUCCUUUUCGGGUUGUGAGUACAGCUGUAGACGCAGUGAGCUGGAUGGAUUCUAAUAAAACAUACAGUAUAUAUUG